AUGGCUGAUCCACAGAAAAAGAAUAGGAAAUUCAGAAUCAAGUGGUGGUGGGACUCAGAGGAUGAGCAGGCAGCCAAGAAAGAUCCACAGUAUGCAGAAGCAUUAGAAAAGGCCGACGAUAUGAUAAAAGAAAAAGAUUUAGACAAGAGGGAAGUUGAGAAGAAGAAAGAUGAUAUAGUUAAAGAGGCUAUUAAAGAAACUAAAAAAGAAAACGAAGAGGACUCAAAGAAGACUGCGGCAAGUGCUCAAGACGGAAAAGCAUCAUCAAGUACCCAGGUAGAAAACAAAGACAAGAAGGAUGGCAAAGGCUUGUUUCAUAACUGGUUUGGAGAUGAUGAGGAAGGACAGCAUGAUAAAAGGGAUAAGAAAGAGAACAUGGCCCAGAGGGACACCAGCAACAAGUACAGUGCCAAUGGUGAGGAAAAUGUGAAAAGUAGACAGCCCGCUGAUCAAAAGAAAAUUGAUAGAAAAGACGAUGCCAAGGAUACUUUAGCAAAGGAAAACCAGCAGGGCCAUGGUAAGGACAAGGACGAAUCACGAUAUAAGGGAUGGUUUGGCAACAAACAGCCAACAAAUGAAAAGACCGAUCAGAAAGAACUCUCUCGUGAACAAAAAUCGGCAGAACAGCCUAAAAAAACUGAUCAAAAUAAGAGCACUGCGGACAAAAAUAAAGGUUUUUGGAAUUGGGGUCGAAACCAAGAUGAAAACGGAGAGUCGGAAAGAAAUAAAGCUUCAAAUAAACCUGAAAGAAAUGGCCAAGGUGACGGCACAAAACAAGAAACUAAAAAAGUGAGUGAGCAGAAGUCUAGAGCCGUGCAGGAUGUGAAUGCAGGGAAAGACAAAUCCGAUAGACAAAAAAUAUCCGAUGACAGACCAGGCAAAAGCAAACUAGAUGGAAACAGAGAUGCUGGUAAGAACAAGGAAGCUGGUAAGGAGAAGCCAGAUAAAAACGAAAAGAAAAACGAUGCAAAUGAAAAGGAUGGUGAGAGAGACAAGAGCGAAAGAACAAACACUCUUUUAGUCAUCUGCGGAUGUAUCAACGUUGUUCUUGCCAUUCUUUUCUUUUUAUAUACCGAGGUUUGGGCUGACGCCACUGUCACGCACAACAUGCUUCUUGUUGGAGUGCUGUUACUUGUGAUUUUGAUACCAUUUAUACUUCUUCCUUUUUAUAAAAAUUUAAUAUGCCGAAUUUUAGCAGUACUAUCGGUCAUUAUUACCAUUAUUUUACUGGUGUAUCUAUUUAUUAAUAGAGCAAGAGUAUUUUACUACCAGCUACUGGUUCGAGAGGCCGAUCGUCCACAGUUUGAAAACAUAGAACGGAUGUACUGGUCCGAAAGAAAUCCUGUGCUCUUCAAUGUUCUGAAAGACGAGGGAUACUACAUAGAAGAAUGGGCAGAAAGCUCAAAAAAGAAGGGUGCUAAGAUAUUUAUUUUAAAGGGCAAGUUAACUGGAACAGACAAAGAGUGGCAGUAUGACAGAGAUCUGGCAGAGCAAACACUGAGAGAUAACAUCGAGAAAGGCACAGACGAAACUGGGCCCGCAGUGGCAUAUUCGUUGAUCAGAGUCAGCUGGACCACAGACAGGGCCGAGGAAAUACUAAAAGAAAUCAAGAAGACCAAGUUUAGUAAGCUUGGAGAGAACUAUGUGUUUGUAAUUGGGGUUUUUGAUGUUGGAACCAGGUUUGGAAGCAUUCUCGGAUCUGAGCCCGUGUCUAUUGAUGCAGCAUCCGAAGAUCAGCCAAGCGCUGGGGGUAAGCUAUCCAGGGAGUUUAACAGCAAAGUAUAG